AUGCUCAUCCCGGUCCCCCUCUACCCGGGCCCUCAUCGCCCUCCUCCGCCUCAUUAUGCUCAUCCCCGGUCCCCCUCUACCCGGGCCCUCAUCGCCCUCCUCCGCCUCAUUUCCCUCGGUGAGGGAAAUGAAAAGGCACAGGGGACGUCAGACCUAGACAUGUCUGCCAAGAAGCAAAAAAUUGGGGAUGUGGGCGCCUCAAAUCCUAUGGGCAGAAUUGACGCCGUCGCAGCGCCCUUGCAAUUGAUGAGCUUUUCUAUGCUCUUGGACUGCCUCAAGCUGUUCCCGCAGCCAUUUCCACUCCGAACUGAGAUCAUCGCUUCCAUUCUCAACAGCAGUCUGCCACCGGACGACAAGGUUGAUAGGGUAGUUAUAAAGAAUGUGAUCGACAAGUUGAAGGGUGCAUCUGGCGAUCUGGCCCUUCUCGCGGGCGCAAAGCGCCCAGCUGUUGAGGAGAUUGCGAGUAACGAGUCAGUGCUCUUUGUUGCGUUUCCUCAGUUAUCAAAGUGCUUCUUAUGCUCUGAGCCACUCAGGUGGGUAGACGAGGCCAAGCCCAGACGGCCAUUCUUCUUUCCGUACGCUGGCCCCCCGGGCAAAGGGAUUCUACAGGAGAAAUUCUGUCCUGGCUGCAAAGCACUUUUCUCGCUCAGUUAUUACUGCCCACCAGGGUCUCAGGUCAGGCGGCCGUACUCCGCUGCGCACGACGACGACACCUGGCUGGAGUUGACAGGAGAGACGGUGAUCAGCAAGGAGCUGCUCAGACGUCAUGACCAGAACUUGUACUAUAUGCAUGCAAGCUUUGUCUCAGCCGUUCGCGCGCACAACGCUUCGUUUGACCUGGACCGUUUCUCGGAAGAGCCUGGGGCAGCUCUUGAGCGGCUGCGGCGAAGGCGGUCCCUCAGAGGUUGUUUAAACAGGGAGCGCUUUGAGCACGCGUACUUCCAGUUCUGGGCGGUUCGUUUCUGCCAAGAGCACAGUCCAAGCCUACUAGAAGAAAUAGAUCUGCGCGAGCCAAUCGACAACAUUCUGAGCGGGCUCAGCGAUCCGUUUUGGUGCCAUUUGCGAGACGAGGCCCUCGAGCACAGCAAGAAGUGUGACCACGAGCUGUGCGGAAGGUAUUGUCACUUCGAUGGCAACGCGAAGGUCUUUCGAAGCUGCUGUGCAAAGAAGAAUGAAACUCUCUUCCAAACUGCAAUCGGCCGUGUUGUGAAGGGUUGCCCCAAAACCCCCGUGAAAAACAAAAAGUACUGCCGGCUUCAUCAAACCACAGCACAAGUUCAAACUGCAGACCAUGGCGACGGGGGGGCUCAGCCAGGGGCACGGCCAGGGCAUUUGGAAGGAAGCCAGGGCGGAGGAGGGGAGGGUCAGGGCGACCGGGGGGGUCAGCCAGGGUCACGGCCGGGGCAUUCAGAAGAAAGCCAGGGCGGAGCAGGCGCAGGUCAAAUUGCAGAGGCAGCGGGGGGUGAUGUGGAGGAGAUCGACCUUCGCGACCUUGAUAGUGACGAUGAGCUGGAGGAAGAGGAAGACUUGGAAGACGAAGAGGGCGUCGAAGGGAAGCAAGGCAACGCUUCAGGCGGAGGGGGCUCGGGGACUGAGGGUUCGGUGCCGGUAGCAGAGAAGUGGGAUACGGAAUCGGGGCCGGUGUCUCUGCGGACACGCGGGAAGAGGCGCCUGUUGCGGGACGACAACUCUUUGUACGAGGCGGAGAGAAUAGAGAUGCACCAGCUCAAAAACGGGGUACCAAUCUACCUCGUCAAGUGGAAGGGUUGUCCAGCUGCUGAGAACACGUGGGAACCCGAGGAGAACGUGACCGUCAUCAACAGAGACCUCCUUGACGAGUACCUGCGCUCACAACCCAAAGAUGAUUUCUAUACACGCGACCGGAAGGACCAGGAACCAGAUCCGGCGCCAGAAGACGAUGCUGAGAAGCCGCGCCGUAAGAGCAAGCUGACGGCCUGCACCCCCCGUACGAGCUCAGACGGACGUGGCGUGACGGCCGGCACGCUGGUCGCGUUCUGGGCGUGCGGCUACAUGUUCCCCCCCCUGGAGUUAAUUCUCUCGGAGUCUACUACCAUGGUGCACCACUACAUGAUGCUUUUGUUUGCACAUGAGCACCUGCCCGAGUUCAUGGGCAUGGACGACAUGUGCCACUGGGCACGGUUCGCCGCGAGCGGCGACAGGACCACGUUGAGCGACAAGACGCGCGAGUUCCACGAGGAGACCAAAAAAGUCGUGGACAAGUUCCACUUCAAGAAGAACCAUGUGGGACGGUGGUGCGCUGAGAACACAAAUCCUUACAAGCACCCGGAGUUGGAGGCAGCGAACAUGCCGGUGUGUGAGCAGAGGUUCAAGUGGUGGGGCCAAUUUAGGAACUCACUCAGGUAA